AUGCCAAACCAAAUUCAAAAAUCUCUUCAAGAUUACAUCUCAAAGAUGAAGCAGAAACCCAAUUCACAGAAUCAAUACCCACCAACACCAAGAUCCAUUUCUUCAUCAACUAGCUGGAUUUUAAGAGGAUGCAAGCACCCCAGGACUCCAUCUUUUUCAUCAUCAUCUGAUCAAAACAAGAACAACGGAAAAGAAACCAUGCAACACAGUAACGCUACUUCUGAUCAUGAUGCAGGGGCAGCUACAUUAGCAGAUGUAGAUCGUUUUCUGUCCGAGAAUUUCAAAACCCUUUACGAAAAUCAAGAAGAAGAGGAAGUCCAAGACGUUACAGAGAUGAUGAUCAAGACCAGAAUUGAUGAUGAUCAUCAGGUGGAAAAAGAAGAAAGCCUCAUUGAAAUCAUUCCCAUUUCAGGGAGGAUGCCUGCUCGGAGAAUCAAUCCUCGUCCUCGCCGGUCGUCUGACCGUGUUUAUACACCCCCGUCAGCGGCUGCUUCCGCUGGUUCGAUCACUUCCGAUGACGUCAGCUCCACCUCUACUACCACCGCCGGCGGGGGCGGGGAGGCGGAAACAGAGCAGUUGAGCCCUGAUGAUUUCAUCACGGUGUUGACGUAUUCUCGCAACCCAUAUGACGAUUUUAAGAACUCCAUGCAGGAAAUGAUCGAUGCAAGGUUACAGCAUAAUGGGAAAAUUAACUGGGUAUUCAUGGAGGAGCUCUUGUUUUGCUACUUGAAUCUGAAUGAUAAGAAAUCACACCGGUUUAUUCUCCGAGCUUUUGUUGAUCUGGUAGUAACUUUACGUGAAAAUCCAGGCUGCGUUGUCCCGGCACCCGCAAAGCAGCCGCAGAAUUUUCCGUCCAAAGCCAGCAGAAGGUCGAUGAGGAAUAUUAGUUAA